ACCAGCACCACCACCAGGACCACCAGGACCACCAGGAUCUAUGAUGCACGGAGCCUCCGUCUGAAGCACAGCCAGCCGCGGACUGAUCUAUUGUCUGCAGAGAGACCUCGGGUUUCUUCCACCAUCCACAAGAUGCAUAUGAAUAGCUUAUUAAAUCAAUGGACGGACAUCCCCAGGAUGUGUGAUGUGGACGUGUCCCCAGAGCCCACCAGUCCUACUCUGUACGGUGAGUCUUCAGACAAGUACUACCAUGUGGACCGCUGGCAGAAGCUCCGCACCGCCGUCCGCAAACUGGAGUUCUGGGAAAACUUUACAGCCGAGCUGAUCGGGAGUGGCUUCUUCUCCAAAGUCUAUAAGGUGAUGCACAGCACCAGUCGGAAGGUGAUGGUGGUGAAGAUCUACAAAAAUGACGUGGACCAAGACAGCAUCGUACGAGAGAUCAGCCUGCUGCAGAAACUCUCCCACCCCAACAUCGUCAGAUAUCUGGGAAUCUGUGUCAAGGAAGACAAACUGUAUCCAAUCUUAGAGUAUGUGAACGGUGGCUGUCUGGAGGAGCUCCUGGCCAGGAAAGAUGUUGACCUGUGCUGGAGAGAGAAGGUGGAGCUGGCCUGCGAUAUUAGCAGAGGAAUGAUCUACCUGCAUUACAAGAACAUUUACCACAGAGACCUCAACUCCAAGAACUGUCUGAUCCGGGUGACGUCUCGGGGUCGGGAGGCCCUGGUGACUGACUUCGGCCUGGCCAGGGAGGUGGUGGAGCUGCCGGUCAAAGACCCGGGCAGGAAGCUGUCCCUGGUGGGCUCCGCCUUCUGGAUGGCUCCUGAGAUGCUGCGAGGAGAGCCGUACGACAGGAAGGUGGAUGUUUUCUCUUUUGGCAUCGUGCUGUGUGAAAUCCUGGCCAGGAUCCCCGCCGACCCAGAGAUCCUCCCCAGAACCCAGGACUAUGGGCUGGAUGUGGACGCGUUCAGGGAGCUGGUGAGUGACUGUCCUCAGCGGCUCCUGGAGUUAGCAGCCAGCUGUUGCAUGGUGGAGUGCUUCAGGCGGCCGGCGUUCACAGAGCUGCUGGAUGAGAUGGGAGAAGUGGCUGAGAGUCUGGAGCCGCCACCAAAAUCUGAUCUGACCACGAGCUGAGUCGGCCAUCUUGGAACCCCACUUUUCCAGCAUCAGCAUCCGAGAGCCUGGACAGGAAGCUGGCCUGACCCUGUCUGUCUCCUCCAAUGAACAACACAUGACCACAACCGAGCUUGUCUGAACUGAGGUGGUGCAAAUAUGAUAGAUGUGUUUUGGAGGCUAGUGGAACCUGGACACUUUGCUUGGACACAUUUUGUGUCCAGAUGAACAGAUGGACUGCUCUUCUCUUCCUCUCUACUGUGUGAGUGG